GAGAGAAGGGGAAAUGGACCCCGUGUGUGACGUCAAAUUGUAGCGCCUGAGACGGGUUCGCAAAAUCAAAACGAAAACACCGGAGAGCUUUUGUCCUAUAUUUGUACAAAACAGAGCAAAAUGCCCAAAGUAAAGAGGAGUCGGAAGCCACCUCCAGACGGCUGGGAGCUCAUUGAGCCCACUUUGGACGAGCUGGAUCAGAAAAUGAGAGAAGCUGAAACGGAGCCUCACGAGGGAAAGCGAAAGGUGGAGUCCCUUUGGCCAAUUUUCAGGCUGCAUCAUCAGCGGAGUCGAUACAUCUUUGACCUCUUCUACAAAAGGAAAGCCAUCAGCAGAGAGCUGUAUGAGUACUGUAUAAAGGAAGGCUACGCAGACAAGAACCUCAUUGCCAAGUGGAAGAAGCAGGGCUAUGAAAACCUGUGCUGCCUGCGUUGCAUCCAAACCCGAGACACCAACUUCGGAACCAACUGCAUCUGCAGAGUCCCCAAGAGCAAGCUGGAAGUUGGAAGGAUCAUUGAAUGCACCCACUGUGGAUGCAGAGGGUGUUCUGGCUAAAUGCAGUUUUUGGACAUCCAGUCUACUUUCCGUUGGGCUUCGGGCUCACCCAGCCUCCAUCUAUGUACUCUUAAAACCCCAUGGCAACAUUGUCUUUAUUUCACUCGCCUGCAUUGGAAACAAAUCACUAAAUCUUUACCAUCAUCAUCCUCAGUUGCCCUCAUAGGGGUCAGUGUUUAGUACUUCUGAACACACGGAGCACAGGAGAAUAUGCUGAGAGGGGCCAUAUUGUAUUACUUACAUUUGUUUUUCUGUGUUUUUUUUUUAUAUAUAUAACUGAAGCCCUCAACUCCAAAAGCUCAAAGUUGGAAGGGGAGGUUAGAUGUUUCUGGAUCAGGCCUGUCAUUCCAGCUAUUCAUACCCACUGUGAAGCUCAUUUACUAAAUUUAAUCAAAUCUAAUGUUUCAUUUCAUUUUAAGAGGGUUAGGUAGGGAAGUGAGUUGUGUUUUGAAAUGUCAGUUUUAAACCUUAAAACCUUUUUCUUCAUUAUUGUUCUUGU